AUGGGAAGCGAGAAGAGACAAGAUAAGGACGAGAUGGAGGAACCGAUCAAGACUGAGGAGGUAAACGAGCAAGAAGAAGAGUCAACUAAAGAGGCCCAGACUCAUGAGGAUGGGCCUACUGUCGAGUCCCAGAACUUGGAGAAUCCGGCCGAGCUCGCUCACCCUGUCAUCGUAACUUCGCAGCCGACCAGCACUCCCGCCAAUACCGACGACAUGGCCAACGCAGUCAGCCUAACCCAAAUUCCAGAGCUCACCCCAGCUGCAAACAGCCAAGCCACCGAGAACACAGCAUCGGAGUCAGCCAGCACCCAAAGCACCGUCGUCGUGUCGUCUCACCAAGAGGACGACGUCACUGCCAAUACAUCUCUCCCUCCCACACAGCCCCAAGAGGCAGAGGAGGUAGAAGGUCCCACCAGCGACACCGAGACCGUCUACCCAGGCGAGGAGAACAAUCUUGAGCCCUACGUCUUCAACUGGGGAGACCACGCCUUCAUCGACGAAACGGGCCACCUCGACACCUACAAGCGUGUCGACGACGCCCAAUUUGACCCCACCAAGCAGCACCUUCAUCGCUGCCACUGGAUUGGCGUCACCGAAGUCGACAAGCCGAGGCAGCACAUCAAGCACUACCCGGGCCCCGUCGACUCCUCGGGUCAGUGCCCAUCUCUGCCCGUCCCGGAGCUGACCCUCACCACCCCCGAAGGCGAAACUUGGUGGCUCGACGACCCGAUGCCUUGGGGUCGUCUGUGCAUGAAUUGGGAGUGGCUCAGCCAGAGCUCUGUUGAUGAGGAUGGGUACAUGGAUACUUGGAAGAGGGUGGCAGAGGAGGAGCAAAGGGAGCAGGUGGCCAGGGGACAGCGCAGGCUGCAGAAGGAUAAUUGGGUGUUGUCGAAGUGGGAGCCGCUGGAGAAAAAGCCCGAGGGCGUACCAAAGUUGAAGGUUACGGUGCCGGGAGGAGCGACUUUUUGGUUGGAUGAGCCGAGGAGUUGGGCGGAUUUGGAUGACGAUGAUGAUGAUUGUGUGAGGAACCGUUACAAGCACAGGAGUAUUAUUGCUGGGAUAGAACAAUAG